AUGGACGGCCUUCGCGUCGCAAAGAUCGACGGCGUAGUCCUCGGUCGCACUACCAGGGAGCCCCCGCAUACCAAGCUCAAGGUCACCGGUACUCUCCACCUCACACCGCACCAUCUCUUCUUCUCGCCGUCGCCGCCGGACGCUCAGGAAGCGGCGGCGACAGAGUCUGGUGACGGUGACACCGAUGCGUCACACCCGGCGGCGCAAGAAGAGGUCUGGAUCCCGUAUCCUACCAUAGUCCUCUUCCAGCGUCUCCCGACGACCAAGGACGGCUACCCCCUGCAGGUUGGGACCAAGACCUUCGACAACUAUACUCUGUGGUUCGCGAAGGACCGGGAAGGCGGCGCAGAGGAUGUCUGGCAGAGUGUGCGCGAUUGUGCCGUAGUCCAGUCGGUGGAGCAACUCUAUGCCUACUUCUACACGUUACCAAAGUCACCGGCUGCGGCGAAGGCACCGUUGCUUGCUACGCCAGCGAGGCAGCAUAGCAGCGACAACCCGCUGUCGCCGCUUUCGGCUUCGCCCGAGAAACCGACCACGAUCGAGGCGGCGGCGGCCGUAGACGGUUGGGGCUGCUACAACCCGCGCCAGGAGUUCGCACGGCAAGGACUUGGCACUCGCACCAAAGCGUGGCGGUUCACGGACAUCAAUAAGGACUACACGUUCUGCCCGACGUACCCCUCCAAGCUUGUUGUUCCCAGCAGGAUCAGCGACUCGGUGCUGUCGUACGCCGCCAAGUACCGCAGCAAGGCGCGCAUUCCCGCGCUAACGUACCUGCACUGGGCCAACCAUCCCAUGGUUGGCAUCAAGAACGCACGCUCAGCGCAGGACGAGCGGCUAGUGGAGUGCAUCUUCAUGAGCCACCACAGCUCGGACAGUGCGUUGGCUUUGAGCCCUACCCCGCCGCUAGCGUCACCUGGAGUAGGGGCGACGUCACCGCCCGUCUUUGGCGCGACCGCGACUAAUCUCAUCAUUGACGCGCGGCCAACGACGAACGCGAUGGCGAAUGUUGCCAAGGGCGCCGGAACGGAGAACAUGGAUUGGUACCGGUUCGGAAAGAAGGCGUACCUCGGCAUCGACAACAUUCACGUCAUGCGCAGUAGUUUGCGGACGAUCGUGGAGGCGAUCGCUGAAGCAGACGCAUCUGGUCUGCCGCUAGACCGCGAACGACUGCGGAAGUCUGGUUGGCUGAAGCACAUCAGUGCUAUUCUGGACGGAUCGGUCAUGAUUGUGCGCAACAUCCACGUCAACUCGUCACACGUCCUGAUUCACUGCAGUGACGGAUGGGACCGGACGUCGCAGCUGAGUGCGGUCGCGCAGCUCUGCUUAGACCCGUACUACCGCACGAUAGCGGGCUUCCAGGUGCUGGUCGAGAAGGAUUGGUUGUCGUUCGGGCACAUGUUCUGCCAGCGGAGCGGGCACCUGUCGUCGACUAAACUGUUCACGGCGACGCCGGACAAUCUGGAUGGAGACGAGGUGUCGGACGACGAUUUCGGCAAUGCGGUCAAGGGCGCGCAGGCCUUCUUCGCCAGUGUGCAGAAGCAGUUCACCUCCAACUCGCACUUGAAGGAGGUAUCGCCGGUCUUCCACCAGUUCUUAGACUGCGUGCGCCAGAUCCAGCGUCAGUUCCCCGACGAGUUCGAGUUUACCGAGGACUACCUUCUCGACCUGCACUACCACCUUUACGCGUGUCAGUUCGGCACGUUCCUGUUCGACAACGAGAAGCAGCGUCGCGUGCCGGCUGGCAAGGCGGGCGCGGAUCGCACCGUCAGCGCGUGGGAGUGGACGUCGCUCCCGGCCCAGCGGUCGCGGUACGUGAAUGCCUCGUUCGCGCCUUCGGAGGGCGACGACGGCGUCUUGUUCCCGGACACGAAGGACGUCACCUUCUGGCACCGCCUGUUCAAGCGCGGCGACGACGAGAUGAACGCUCCGAUCGUCGAGCGCGAGCGUGACUUUCUUUCGCCACCGGGGACGUCGCUUGAGAGCGAAGAUCCGCUCUCUGUCCCGAGGCGGCAAGGCAGCCACUCGACGUUGAACUCGCUGUCGUCGGCACCGUCGACACCGCUAGCGACUGCGAGUUCCUCAGGGGUCCCGCGCAGCAAGUCGAGCGGCGGUGGUUGGAACUGGACAAGCGUGCGCAGUGGUGCGCUCAGCGCCUUCAGCCAGUUCAAGGCAACGGCCACGGACGCGAUCCAGAACAUGGCUGCGCACGAGGAUGAGGACCCGUGGGGCACCUCAAACGCUUCGCACAAGUACGCCGCCGGCACGGGCAUUGGCGAGGGACGGAUCCGCGCCCCACUCGAGACGAAUCCAUGGGACAGCACGCGCGUUAACGACGUCAGCUCGUUCCACUCGAGCAGCACAGCGAGUGUAAGCGGACUAGGUGCCGCUCCGGACGCGAGCGCGGGCACGGCCACCGGUGACCACGCCGUUGCGAAGAAGGCGUCGAGCAGCUCAAAGGACUCGUGGGCGAACCCGUGGGACGACACGCCGUCGUCCCGCUCGCUGGCGGAUUUGACGCUGGACGAUGCGACGCCAAAGGCGUCCCGGGUCACUGCGCCGCAGAAGGAGGAGAGGAAGCAGGAGCCCUCAGACGAGGACAAAGCGCUGUACGAGGCCGCCCUCAGCGGCUCGAAGGCGUGGGACCCGCUGGGUGCAGUGUAA